AUGCCCAAGCUGGAAGAGAUAGAUGACUUCGAUGAUAUCGACAACCUGGAGAUGGAUCUCGCCGAGAUCGACCCUAACUUGAAGACGCCCGUGGCGCCAAAAAUCGUGCCAGAAAUUAAAAGAAGCCAAGACGACGAGCCACCGCUAUUUCCUGCGAGUGGGAUGCAGAACAGCGCCUCGACUUCGGCGCAGCCCCCAGUAGUUCAAUUCACGGAGGAGCAGAAACAACAGCUCAAGAAGUUCCAAAUUUUAUAUCCAUGCUACUUUGACAAGAACAGAUCGCACAAGCAGGGCAGAAGAGUGCCGGCGCAAUACGCUGUUGAGAAUCCGCUGGUGCAGACGCUCGCAGACGCUGUCAGUAAGCUGAAAGUGCCAUGCGUUCUAGAGGCGGACAAGUGCCACCCACAAGAUUUCGGAAACCCGGGCAGAGUGCGUCUGUUUCUGAAAGACGAAGGCCAGUCUACAACACCCUCUUUGUUCCAGAACAAGCGCAUGCUCAUGAAGCUUGUCGGGAAGUUUAUGCAAGAGCACCCCACGAUGCUGGAAAAACUGAAAGAAAUUCCACUGGGCCCUGACGCGGAAGGCUACGAACCAAGAAUGGUCCCCAAGGUGAAGGGUUUCGUAAUGAACGAAAUCGUGCCGAUCCACAGUCCCUUCAGCAUGGGUCAUCCAAUGGUCAAAUCUAUCUACGACGCUCCGGCGCCAGUUGCGGCAUCCGAGAAGCCCUUGAAAGCGCCCAAGAAUAAGUACAAGGUGGUGCGGAGAUGA